CUACCGCAUUCCGCCUACGCUUCGGCGCUCACAGGGCCGGCUCUGGCCAAAUUGGCUGCUGUUUCUGCUGCAGCUUCAACUUCCUCUGCUUCCAGACAAGUUGAAGGGCCGGAAGGGGCUAAUCUGUUUAUUUAUCACUUGCCAGCCGAGUACACGGAUGUCGACCUGGUGAGCCUGUUUGCCCCUUACGGUAAUGUCAUCUCUGCNGACAAGAACUCCAAUCUGAGUAAAUGUUUUGGCUUCGUCUCCUACGACAACGCCGACUCUGCGCAGGCGGCCAUUCGCGCCAUGAACGGCUUUCAGGUGCUGAACAAACGGCUGAAGGUGCAGCUGAAGAAGGUCCGCGAUCGACCCUACUAA